AAGGUUCACUUAUUAAAGACCCACAAUCCCAACUUCAACAUACAACAUAUCUGGAUGGAAUCGAGAACCAUGAAAUAAUAAAUUCCGCAAUACAUCUGCUUCGAAAUUUUUUAUCGCGCUAUAAUUUUGAUUAUUUAUUAGUUUAUAUGUGUGAAUAUUGUUACUCACAUACAAAAAAGAGUAAUUUUAUUCUUAUGACCCAUUUAUACAGUAUUCUUUCAAAAGUGACAUUCAAAGUUUUUCCUUUUGAUUCGCCUAAUCAGAAAAAAAGAACUUCAUUUUUGUCAUAUAUGGUCAUUUAAAUUAUAUUCAUCGUGAAAAUUUUAUUGCAAACUGCAAUUUUAGAGAUGCCUCAUGCUCAUUAUAUGCAGAACGAAGUGUUUUAAAAACGGGAUUUUCUCAUUGACCACCAGAGGGGAAACGAUAUGCAAAUGUUGUGAUAUUUUCCUAGCUUCCGAAUUUAAAGAAACGAUUACUGGUGCAUACUAAACAGAAACCACAUACGUGUGACAUUUGUAGUAAAGCAUUUUUUUUCAACAGUCAUAUUUAAAAAUUGAUAAUAUAGCAUACAAUUGGGGAAUCCAACGCUUGCAACUUUUGGAACCAAGUCCUUUCUGUGAUUUCCAAUUUCAAAAGACAUUUACGGACACAAACAAAAGAAAAUGUUUAAAUGCGAAUUUUGCAAGAUAGCCUUUUCACAAAACAGUAAUUUUAAGGUACAUUUAGUACUGCAUACGGGUGAAAAACGGUAUGCUUGUGAAUUUUGUAAUAAACCAUUUUCGGAAAAGGGGAAUUUCAAAAGACAUUUAUUGACGCAUACACUAGAAAAACAGUUUACCUGCGAGUUUUGCAAUAAAGCCUUUUCCGAAAACAGGCAAUUAAAAGUACAUUUACGUACUCAUACUGGAGAGAAACCGUAUGCAUGUGAAUUUUGUAACAUACCCUUUUCACAUAAGGUGAGUUUGAAAAGACAUUUGCGUACACAUACAGGAGAGAAACCGUAUGUAUGUGAUAUUUGUAACAAAGGCUUUUCGGAUGAUUCGAAUUUAAAAAGACAUAUCCGUACCCAUACUGGGGAGAAAUCGUAUGCAUGUGAAUUUUGUAACAAACUCUUUGCAGACAAUGGGAGUUUAAAAAAACAUUUACGUACGCAUACUGGAGAGAAACAGUAUGCAUGUGAAUUUUGUAACAAGCUUUUUUCAGAAAAGGGCAGUUUAAAAAUACAUUUACGUACACAUACAGCAGAGAAACCUUAUAGAUGUGAAUUUUGUAACAAACCAUUUUCGGAUAGAAGUAGCUGCAAGAGACAUUUACGUGCGCAUACUGGAGAGAAACCAUAUGCAUGUGAAUUUUGUAACAAACUUUUUUCAGAUAGGAAGAGUUUAAUAACACAUUUACGUACGCAUACGGGAGAGAAACCAUAUGCAUGUGAAUUUUGUAACAAACUCUUUUCAGAUAGGAAGAGUUUAAAAAAGCAUUUACGUACGCAUACGGGAGAGAAACCGCACGCAUGUGAAUUUUGUAACAAACUCUUUUCGGAUAAGAGUAGUUGCAACAGACAUUUACGUACGCAUACUGGAGAGAAACCGUAUGCAUGUGAAAAUUGUAACAAACCCUUUUCGGAUAAGACGUAUUUAAUAAGACAUUUACGAACGCAUACGAAAGAGAAACCAGACGCAUGAGACUUCUGCAAUAUAAUCUAUACUUAUAAUAAAGUUCAAUGU